AUGGCAGCCGCAGACACAGACCCCAAGCGGGCCGUCGAGAACGAAGGAGCAGACGAAGACAGGCCUGGUGAAGGAAGCCUCGAAGGCGACGACGUCGGCGACGACGACGACGACGACGACGAAGAAGAUGAAGACGAAGAUGACGAGGAGGACGAGGAUGAGGUCUCCCGGAGGAGAAAGAAGAAGAAGUCGGGCAACCAGUUCUUGGAUGUCGAGGCCGAGGUCGACGAGGACGAAGACGAAGAUGAGGACGAAGACGACGAGAUCCUCCGGCAGGAGUUCUUGGCCGACGACCAGAAUAUGGAGCCCGGCGAGACAGAGGCGUCCCGGUCCCACAGAAAGUUGGACAGAACCAGAGAAAAGCUCGACGAGCAAGACGCACAGGCCUUGGCCGACCAGUUCAAGGCCAGGUACGGCCGUUCCGCCUCCGCAAGAUACAUGGGUUCCACCCAGAACAUCUCUCAGCGCUUGCUCCUACCUUCGGUUGAGGACCCGCUAAUCUGGGGGGUCCGUGUCAGAAACGGCAAGGAGAAGGAGUUGGUCAAGCAGAUUUCCGCCAGAAUGGCCAACAUGAAGGGGACCCAAGAGGUGUACUCCGUUUUCCAAAGAGACAGCUUCACAGGCUAUAUCUACAUUGAGGCAGUAAGAAUGGACGCCGUCAACCACAUCUUGUCCAGCUUGCCCGGCAUCUACAACAACGUCGGUAAAGUCUUGGUUCCGAUCGAAGAGUACCCAGACUUGUUGAGACCAGGCUCCUCGCAGGAGAGCCGGCUCAAGCCAGGCUCCUAUGUCCGUGUCAAGAUCGGCAAGUAUAAGGGAGACCUCGGUAUCGUCGACAACCUUGCCGAAAAUGACUUGGAAGUGAGGGUCAAGCUUGUUCCAAGAUUAGAUUACGGUAGGUCAAACAAUUCCAUCAUCGAUCCUUCCACGGGAAGAAGAAGGCCCGUGAAUUUCAACUCUAAAUUUAGACCUCCUCAGAGGUUAUUCUCUGACAUCGAAGCGCAACAGUACGAUGCCGAGCAUCUAACUACCGCCAAGAGAGACAGAAACUACUUCAUUUACAGAAACGAAGAAUACAUUGGUGGUUUUCUUUACAAGGACAUCAAGUUCAACCAGUUGGAGACCCAGAAUGUCAAGCCAACCUUGCACGAGUUGACUUUGUUUGAUUCGAUGAAGGAUUCCGACGGAAUAGAUUUGCAAUCUGUUGCCGCCACUUUGAAAAACGCCGACGAAAAAGCCAUCUCCUUUCAACCAAAUGACAGAGUCGAAAUCAUCAGCGGGGAACAAUCCAAGAUGAAGGGUAAGAUUCUAUCCAUUGCAGAAGCCACUGUAGCAAGAGUCUUGCUGGAAGGUAAUGAGAUCGAAAGUGAUGUCAACAACACAAUUGUCGAGGUUCCAACUUCUUCCUUGAGAAAAGUCUUCUUGCCCGGCGAUCACGUCACCGUUAUCCAUGGUGUCCACAAAGAUGAAAGUGGUUUAAUCGUUAAUGUCAAGAACAACCAAGUUACUUUGGUUUCUGACCAGACGAAAAAAGAUAUCAUGGUUUUCCCCAACUAUUUGGUCACGUCGGUGGAUUCUUCAACUACUUCUUCCAAAAUUGGUAGAUUCGAAUUGCACCAAAUGGUCAACUUGAACUCGCACAAGAUCGGUAUGAUCAUCAAAGUGGAGAAGGAGGUUUUCACAAUUCUAUGCACUGAUGGUCGUGUUUUGAACUUGGAACCGAAAAGUAUAGUGUCCGCCUUGGACUUCAACAGAAUGACGGAGAAAACCACUGAUAGAAACGGUCUUGAAAUCAAGGUCGGAGACGUUGUCCGAGAGACUAUCGGUGAGAAGAGGCAGGGUAAUAUCAUGCACAUAUACAAAUCAUUCUUGUUUCUCCAUUCGAAAACAGUUUAUGAAAACACCGGUGUGUUUGUCACCGACUCAAACUCCGUCCAAACAAUCGCCAACAAGGGUUCGAUUGUUUCUUCAUUCAAGGUGCCUGACUUGAACAAGAUGAAUCCAAAUAGAAUGCCGGCCCCUCCAAGCACCUUCUUAGCAAAUCAAGCCCGGUUUGGUGGUCGAGACAUGACGAUAAACCAGCAUGUCAGUGUCAGGAAGGGGCCUUAUAAAGGUAAGAAAGGUAUCAUUAAAGACGCGAACGGUGAUGUUGCAAGGGUAGAAAUGCACAACCCUGCCAAGAUUAUUCCAAUCAACAAGUCUGACCUUCUUUUUGAACUUAGACCAGGAAGCUAUGUUCCUCACGAACAGUUUUUGGAGAAUUACAGGGGCAGAAAUGCCGGCUUCAAUAGAAGACCGCAGAGCACGCCAAGAGCUGGUGCUUUCAACAGCUUUAAUAAUUCCGGUAGCCAGCCCCAGCCUAUGGGUGACAAGACCCCAAGUUGGUCCAGCGGUGGGAAGACACCAUCGUGGAGCUCUAACGGUGGAGGGAGAACCCCAUCGUGGGGCGCCAAUGGGGGAGGCAAGACACCAUCGUGGAGCUCGAACGGGAACGGUGGAGACAAAACCCCAUCGUGGGGCUCUAACGGCGGAGGGAAAACCCCGUCGUGGAAUUCGAAUGGUGGAGGGAAAACCCCCUCUUGGAGCUCAAACGGCGGCGGCAAGACCCCAUCGUAUGGUGGGAACAAGACUCCAUCCUGGAGCUCCAAUGGAAGCGGAAGUGGAAGUAGGAGUGUCUGGGGCGGAGACGGUGGGAGAACCGAGUACGGAGCUGGUGACCGAAGUGUCUGGGGUGGUGAUUCGAGUGCUACAAAGAACGGCGUCGACUGGGGUGUUACGCCUACGGUUGGAGACUGGGAUGCUCCAACCCCUUCUGUCGUGAAGAAGGAGCAGCAUGAAUGA